GACCUUGCUCCCUCCAACGCGACAGAUCACGAGGACUCCUGAUCAACUGAUUCACACAUCUACGCGGAGCGGCGUCCGGCACCGAUCCAGGUUUUCCGACCUCUCCUCCGGGGCCUUUCCGCUCAAACUGCCGGCGCUGUUUCUGGGCAGGCCCUUCCCCGGAUUCGCCUCUGACGGGCUGUCUGUAUUCCAAGGUUCACUGCCACGCGCCAGUCACUUCCCUCGCAUAUGAUCGCUCACCUAGUAACUUGCGCCUACAACGCUGCCGUGACUGCAUAAAUACCUGCUUAGUUACGAAACUCAACGACCGAGCCUAGAUCCUGUUUGCUUCGACGACAUAAACAAGGCAUGGUCAGCCGAACUUGAAGAACAGCACAUUAUCUUGUCUCUGCAUUCGUGCCAAGCUUGUCCUAAUACUUGAAGCAUCGAGCCGCGCUCUAAGAAAUGGCAACUCAAGCGUCACAAACCUCGACUCCCACAUCAUCCGCGGCACUCUCGCAACAACGCAAAGACCGGGAGCGGAGGCGCAGGGUGAUAAGGGGAGCUGGCAAGUUCUACGCGGUGCGAGUUGGUGCGCAACCUGGUGUAUAUCAAAAUUGGAACGACUGUCUUGCGCAAAUUACUGGCUUUCCAAAGGCCAAAUUCAAGUCGUUUCCGACGCGCGAGGACGCCCAAGAUUUCGUUGAUGGGGGCAAUGGUGACGUGCACACUGUCAACAAAUGGGUUGCCGUCCGUGUUGGGCACGUGCCCGGGGUGUAUGCCACCGUACGCGAGGCGAUGGAACAGACAAAAGAUUAUCCGGAUGCUCGGUAUCGAUUCUUCACGUCACAAGUAGAAGCUCGGGAUUAUGUUGAUGCAGAACCAUCUCCUGCUUCGCAACGCACGAAACGUAUUCUGCCUCAAGUCCCCAAUCUACACAACGACCAAUCCCAACUCAGUGUUAAGAAGCAGCGAAGUGAUGCGAAUAUCGAAACAUCGGCAUACGCACGAUAUUCUGAAGAGCCGAUCCGGCAAACGCUCGACGGCACAAAAAGUGAUAUCGCCGCGUCAAAUCACUCCGUUGGGAACGAGGAUAUUGGGGACAUCCUGGAUACGGAAUUGGACGAGGCUAGCCCGCCUCCGCAAGCUAGCCGACCCGGUUCACAACGAUCAUCAACGAGGCAGGAUCCAGGCGAUCCAGUAGACAACUUGAACAUCGACGCGCUCAGAUCAGAAAAUGCAAGACUUCGAGCUGAAAUUCAGGAGUUGACUCGUCCGGCCGCGAGAGUAGGCCUUGACACGAAUCAGUAUCAUGCCGCUGAUACAUAUACUGUGCUUUUGGCAUUUCCAUAUUUCAAUCAUACGCCCACAGACCAGCGAUCUCUAUACCCUGAGGCGAGCGUGAGCGUUCUGGGAGUAUACGACAGUAACGCGGAUGCGACUCUCGCUGCAUGGCAGGCAUACCAUCAAAAUUGCCCGAAAGUCGCGGGAAUGAAAAUGAAGGACCUGGGAGUAACGCCGGAAUUCAUAGACAAGACGAAAACCACUAAAUCCACGUGUCAGCAACGUCGAACACCGCUGGGCGAGCUACGCUUGUAUUGGAGAGAUGCGCAUGGAUCAGUUGGACUCCUGAUGGUGCAGAAGAAUUCCGGUCACAGAAUCAAGCCCGACACACCGAGAUCCGAGUCGCGUCAAGAGCACAACCGGGCUGCGAUCGAAACACCACAGACUUGCUAUCUUGUUUGCGAGCAUUUUGCGUCAAACGACAAGCUACGACAGGACGGAGGAAUGCUCGCCGCCUUUAAGACCAAAGCUCGUGCGAACGAAGCAGCAGAACAAAUGUUUCACACACACUUCAUGAAAGAUUCAACGGACACAAUUUCGGAAACCAGUGUAGAAGUAAUUGGUGAGGGUGAUGGUGUCUGGAAGUACAUGCAACGAGGUAGGCGGAACUUUCUCAAACGCAAUGAACAUGGCGAGACAAAGGUAUGGGUGCAUAAGUUUGAACUACGUUGAACGCCUCAGACAUUGAAGAAU